AUGGCUAAGCGCCUAAGCGCACUAGCUUCGGCGACCUUUCAAACGCCCGAAUGGGAGACUCCCACCGAUCCCAAACGCUCUUUCUGGACACGAUUUCUCCCUUCCAAGGCUGCCGCAGGCGCAUCCGCCAACCCGGUCGACAAAACAACACCCGCGACCCAAACCUUCCAAGCCCACACCACCACACUCCCCGGUCCAUACGAUGGCGCGAAACCAACCUUUGCCGAAUCCAUGUACGCGCGCUUCGACAAGCUCAUGCCCAUCGACCGCACCUACCUCGGCCGCUCCCGCCGCUUCUUCCUCCAACGCAUUGCCAUACCGCUCCUGAUCCUCUUUCUCGUCGUCCUCGCCCUCGCCGUGGGUCUGGGUGUCGGCCUCUCGCGCCGCGCCUCCUCGAAAUCCCAGAACCUCUCCCUACCGUCCAAUGCCGACGUGUUCACUGGUGACCUGACGUACUACGACCCUGGGCUGGGCGCGUGUGGGGCCACGUCUUCGGAUAGCGAUAGUAUUGUCUCAGUCAGCCAUAUUCUAUUUGAUGCGGCAAGUACAGGGAGCAAUCCGAAUGCGAAUCCGUUGUGUGGGAAGAAGAUACGGAUUACGAGGGAAUUCAGUGAGGCGGACAAAGGGAACACAAGUGUGGACGUCACGGUUGUCGAUCGAUGUGUGGGGUGUUUGCAGACGGAUUUGGAUGUCACGAUAAGUGUCUUUACGCAGUUGGCCCUGGAGGCCAGUGGCAGGGUUGUUAUGAGCUGGGCUUGGUUGAAUUGAGGAAAUGGGCUUGCCAGAUUGACGGUGAUUGUUGUGGAAGAGCUUGGAGAAUAGAGUAUGGUAAUUGUGGAGGUUGGCGAUGGUGGUGCGAUAUACCCCUAUUGGUUGAUUGAGAUGAGGCUGUACAUAAUUGCAAACAGAUGCCGCGCUAUUUGGGCAGAUGUGAUGGCUCCACUGGCUGGCUAGUCAUCGUUAAUAAGUUUUUAGACGUUUACAUAACUCCAGCGUCUGAAUUGAGUCAACUUAAGACCAAUUAUGGUACCCAUCGCUACUCCUUUCAGUUGCUACCACUUCUUUCACCUGAGAAAUGGCCAUUCCUCGACACAGAU